CCUUUGACUCCUAUAUAUACAUGCCGGCCGUCUUGACUUUUGAACUUUCUAAUCGCUGCCCAAAGGAGGUAGAGAGAGAAGGGAGAGAAUUCUGUUCGAGAGAUGGCUCGUACCAAGCAAACUGCUCGUAAAUCUACAGGAGGAAAGGCUCCAAGGAAGCAACUUGCUACUAAGGCUGCCCGUAAGUCUGCCCCAACCACAGGUGGAGUGAAGAAGCCUCACCGUUAUCGCCCUGGGACUGUUGCUCUUCGUGAAAUUCGCAAGUAUCAGAAGAGUACUGAACUGUUGAUUAGGAAGCUGCCUUUCCAGAGGCUUGUUCGAGAAAUUGCCCAGGACUUCAAGACUGAUCUGCGUUUCCAGAGCCAUGCUGUUUUAGCACUUCAGGAGGCUGCAGAGGCCUACCUUGUUGGUCUUUUUGAGGACACCAACCUGUGUGCUAUCCAUGCCAAGCGUGUCACUAUCAUGCCUAAGGACAUCCAGCUGGCUCGCAGGAUUAGGGGUGAGAGGGCUUAGAUUGACUAGAUUCUAUUACUUAGGUCUGGUGGUGGUGUUCAGUUUUAUCUUCAUAAAGAGUAAUAGAUGUGUACUAAACUCUAGUAGAUCUUGGUGGUGGUUUUGGAAAAGAACUUGGCUGGAUGCUGGUGGUGUAUGCUGUAAUGAAAUUGGUAAUUGUGUUAAGGAUGCAAGCGUGGCAUUUAGUUGUUGUGUAUUUGUGAACUAAAUUUCUGUUUGUUUGCCAUAACACUGCUUGUGUUGAACAAUUAUAUCAUGUUGCAUCUAAUGUAGUGAAUUUGUUUUAAAAGUAUUUUGGAGGUUUAGUUUC